UUUUCAGGAAACUUGUUCAUUUUCCUCGGAAAAACACUCUUCUCGUCAAUCUUUUCUCUCUCUUUUCCCCGAGAAAAUCAGUUACCCUUUUUUGGAAACUUUCAGGGCCUGGAAAUGGAUAAUUCAAUGAGCAGUACUCUGCAGACAAGAAGAUUAUCACCCAAAAAAGCCAUAUCCAAGAAGCCUAUCAAAGUAGUGUACAUAUCAAACCCCAUGAAAGUGAAGACCAGUGCCUCAAAAUUCAGGGCCUUAGUGCAGAAACUCACCGGCCAAGACGCCGAAUUACAUGACGACCCGACAAAGUUCACCGACACCGAAGAAGCAGUCGACGACGUCGGCGGAGACAACGAUGACGGCAAUCAAAGGGUCCCCGAAACCGUGGCAAAGAACGGUACUACUUCUCCCGAUUACCAUGUAAAAGAGGUCCCCACCUUUGACCGACAACAGUGUUCCGCCAUUGCCGUCGACGGCGACCGAGGUGUCCCGUUUGACGCCUUCUACGACGACUAUGUUUUUACGCCGCAGAUGAUUGAGAAUUUCACUGGGAUGUUGCCACAAGGCCUUUUCAUAUGAAUAAAAAGAAGCUUGAAUGUAAGCUCUCCUAGGCCUUAUUUUAUCUGUU